AUAGCUGAUUGAUUCUUUCGCAUCGAGGAAGAAAGGACAGAGCGAUGAAGCCCUUCAAGAAAGAGUUCCCCUUGGGUUACUUAAUUGAUUCAUACUCCUUUUCUUCUAAAUCUAUCCGUAGUAACCGACUGAUUGAUUUUCAAGUUAAAUCAAUUUCUUUAUGUCCAAACGAGAGGGCCAAAGAAUCGGCCGCCAUGAUCGCCUCCUACCCCGAAAGGAUCCCCGUUAUUGUUGAGAGGUUUUCAAGUAGUCUUCCAGAAUUAGAGAAGCGCAAUUACCUAAUUCCAUGUGGCAUGCCAAUUGGACAAUUUAUUUUCGUACUUCGUUCAAGGUUGCAUUUGUCUCCAGGAACAGCAUUGCUUGUGUUUGUCAGCAACACGUUGCCCCAGACUGCUGAGCUGAUGGGCAGCGUGUACGAGUCCUUCAAAGAUGAGGGCGAUGGUUUCCUCUAGAUGUGCUACAGCAGCGAGAAGACAUUCGGCUGACCAACUCCGUGGAAAUCUGCUUAAUUUCUUGCAUCUGUAUGUGUGGCUCGAUCAUCAAGAUGCAUGUGCAUAUACUAGUAUCAUUAGAAAAUGCAAUGAAGUGUUAUACUGUACAUUGAUUGAAAUAAAUGAAAUACAGAUCGUUUCUGUUCUGAAGAAGAGAGAGAGAGAGAGACAGGGUCACAACAAUAUUCCCCUCAGU